GAGGAUGGCUUUAAGAACCUACUUCAGCACAUUGGAAAAGAGAAUCCUUUUUUCGAGCGCCUCAUUGCCCUCGCGGGUGACUUCGAUGCGGAGAGGCCGAGAAAAUCCUUUACGAUGUGGCGUUACGCGGAUGUGGAGUUUAGGGAUUUGACUACGAAGUUGAUGAACUUGGAUCUAGCGAGGAGGAUCAUUACGCGGGGGGCUCUGGAGCAUCCUUGGUUC